GAUAGUGAAAGAGAGAGAGAACUGAAUGGUUCUCUUGUUCCCUGUGUUAGCCUCUCACUUCCUCCUGUCCUCUGUCAAGGCAUCGUCGGGUGCCUCUGAGGGGAGUGCAGCACGUCAGAACUCUUUCCUCUCCAACCCCGGCAGACGAGUGUGUGUUUGCAGCGAGCGCCGGGGCUUAGAAGCUACCCUCUGUCAGCGCUAAUCAGGCCCCUCGCAGCAAGCCUGGACCAGCAGUCAGGGGCAGCAGAGCUGAGAGCGUCCAGCGUCGGGGGCCAUGGACACGGGCGUGUGCGUCCUGGAGCUCCUGGGAGUCCUGUUCUGCAUCGGGGCCUGGCUGUGCUCGUUGGCCACCACCACCAUGUCCACCUGGCUGACCCUGUCCACCGACCUGCUCCCGGCAGAGAGCUACGAGCUGGGGCUGUGGAAGACGUGCGUGGUGCAGGACCUGGGGGGGAUGGAGUGCCGGCCGUACGACAGCCUGCUGGGGCUGCCCCCGGACAUCAAGCUGGCUCGUAUCCUCAUGUGCGUGACGCUGGCCACAGGGUUGCUGGCUCUGCUCCUGUCCCUCCCUGGGAUCUACCUCAUCAACAGCUGUGACAGCAGGCCGGAGGGGCUGAGGCUCAAGAGGAUGCUGAAGAUACUGGGCGGGGUGCUGUGCCUGGUGGCCGGGGUGCUGGGCCUCGUCCCCGUGUCCUACAUCGCUCACCUGACCGUCCUGAGGUUCUUCGAUGACUCGGUGCCGGCUGUGGUGCCGCGGUGGGAGUUUGGCGACGCCUUGUUCUGUGGCUGGACCGCGGCGCUGCUGCACCUGGUGGCGGGGUUGCUGCUGGUCGCUUCCUGCGUGUGUCUGCAGGAGGAACACUGCGCCCUAGCCGUUCCUCUGCAGAGGCUGCGGGGGCGAGCGGACAGUCAGGCCGCCCGUAGGAAGAUGCCUGAGUACGUUUGACCACCACCUGUGCCCUCUCUCUUUCCUCUGUCUCUCUCUUCACCAAGGUGAAAGAAACGCUGCUUACUAACUUCCUAUCACAUGCUUGUCUAAUUACGUUUCUCGAGUAUAUUUGCUGGGACAAUGCACACCAAGCUACUAUUGUAGAUAUAUUCUCACUUUUAUUUUUGUAUUCAAUCGCUCAAAAUAUCGGGGCAAAUAUAUCAAAUGGAAACGAUUAAUUUUGACCCACAGAUAAUUUGGUCCGUCGUCAUAUCGGUAUUUUAAGUGAUCGUGUUUCCUCCGUUGUUAUAACUGAAUAUAAUAUAUAUGUAUACUGUAUAUUAUAUAACAAUAUUGUACUGUAGGACACUUAUAUCACACUAUACUGUUCGCUAUAUAUUUGACCUGUUCAACGUCUGCAAGCUACAUUUUAUUGCCAAUGAAUGUUGAGGAAUCUCCUCCUAUCAAUACCACUUUCCCUGUCUCUGUCCACAUCGUAGCACAAUAACAGUAGUGCCAGUGUUGGACACACGUAGGCUUGAAUGGGAUCUGUUACGGCAGUUUUAUUAAUGAUCUCUUUAUGGGAAAUUUACGUCAGCACAGAUUGUUUACUGUCAAUCUCUUCUUGGUAUGAGUAAUAUUUUAAUGAUCUAGCAAGGAAUAUGUUGAUGAUAUUGGAAACGUCCCAAUUAAGUAGAGGAACCCUUAAAGAGCGUUUAUGCAAAUAGCUUAUUGUUUUAUGACUUGCUUUCAGGGGCUUAUGGGUUGAAAAGGCAUUCAGUGUUUUGAUGAUUGAUGAUCUGAUUACAUCCAUGUCAUUCUCUCUGACCAAAGUAUCAACUUCACCUAAAUUACUUUGAUGCACAAUAUCAAAAUACCCUGCAUCAUAGCCCACGUGAAGCGCUUUAAUUUUGCACAUUCAAAACUCAUCCUAAAUUCAGCUAAUUUUCACAAUCCUACAUUUCCUACACAGGUUACCAAAGAUACUGUUGUGAGAUCUCGAAUAAAGUUGUAUUUAUCAAAUCAGA